UGUAAAACCAAUAUCAUCGUCCAACGGGUAGCCAAUUUUUUUUGAGGUUUCUGUCGAGGUGGACACACGAUCACGAAACCGCCGUUUGUCCUUUCGUGAUUGCUCUCUAUCAUAAAAAGUAUCCAAAUAACUGUCCGAGCUUAUCUCUGACUCAGCGCUUCAACGUAUUCGAACCGACGUUGACCAAGAACUUGCGUCCAUUUAUUACGUCGAGCAAACCUGUGUAGUGUUACUGGGUUUCGGGAGGCAUUUUGGAUUUCGAAAAUUGGUUCAUAGUGAUGGCCGUAACUGAGAUUGAACAAGACGAGUACUUCAUUGCAGCUAUUUUAUAAUUGAAUAUUUGAUUUUCACAAGCUAACAGAUUGAAAAAAAAACAGCCUUUUAAUGAAACAUUAUGAGGUUUCCGCACCCGAACAACAACUUCGACACUCACAAACGUUUCAAAUUUUGCCUCUAAGAAUAUAACCUCCAGAAUAAUAAAAUGUCAUUAAUCUGAGAAAAAGAGGGCCUGCAAAGCUGUGAUAUGGCAAAAUAUUCAGUUCAUCGCUGGUUCAACUUUCGAAGAAAGGCAAAAAAACGUCUUAAUAAGCUUUUUUUGCUCAUCGUCACAUUAGGACUUGCGACUUUUACCUUUGUUUUUGUUACAAAUUCGGAUUUUUAUGUCAGAAUGGUAAACAAACCAGUGAUGAACAUUCGAGGAGCGGAUAGUGGCAGAUGUUGUGUAAGCAUACAUCAUUCUUUAGACGUCUGUGGUCGGUCAGAGUGUCUUUGGCACUGCCCGCAAUUCGAAGCUGAAUUUAUAUCUCCUUCAAAAGAUCAUGAGCAUGCUUUCUUCCACGAAACUUCAGGCGCUGGGGCUCUCGAUACCCGCCAAGCUUGUGCUGUUGAAUCUGUCGCCUUAUCAAAUCCAAACCUAACCAUUUACUUGUUAAUGACCGCAGGAGAUAUUGACUGGAAUUCAACGACCAUGAAAACUCUGAAGAGUUACGACAAUGUUCACAUCCACAAGAUUAACUUAGGUGAAUACUUCAGUCAUACACCUUUUGAAGAGUGGUACUUCUGUUCCAAUUGGAAUUAUGGAUCCCACGCCGUAUCUCAUCUUAGCGACGCCCUUCGCUUUCUGACACUGUAUAAAUAUGGGGGUUAUUAUUUUGACUUGGAUGUAAUAAUGCUUCAAUCUGUGAUGCCCUACCAUAACUUCAUCGGAGCAGAAGACGAGGAUAAUUUGGCGGCUGGAGCCCUUCACGUAGAAUACCUUCAUCCAGUCAUCCGCACGUCGGUGGAAGAAUUUCGCAACACAUACAGAAAGGACAUUUGGGGUCACAACGGGCCAUUGCUGUUGACUCGCGUAAUGAUGAAAUGGUGUUCGGCAGACAACAUUCAAUCAAUGACUACUAGUACGUGCUACGGUUUUGGGAUUCUCCCUCCUGUGGCUUUUUACCCAGUUAAAUGGUUUAAUUGGGAGAAAUAUUUUUUGGAGGAAGACAUCGUAUGGGGAAACGAGACAAUUGGAACUCACGUGUGGAACAAAAAGAGCGUCGAUACAGCUGUUUACAAGAAUUCCACCCAGGUGUACGCCAAGCUUGCUCGCUCCAGAUGCCCUUCAAUUUUUGCAGUGGCCCCUGAUGUUUUCUAAUUUAUGUUACUGUCAACUCUUCACGUUGAUUUUAACUUAUUUUUGUUACGUUGUCACUUGAUUCAAAAUGGGUAGGUUAAAAAAAUUUAGAAGUAAAAAUUCACAUGUUCCAGGAUUAUUUGCCAGGCGCUGAGAUUCAAAAACAAAUCGAUUUGCAUCAGUACUUGAUGCUUGAGCAAUAAACACGAAUAAAAUUAUGUGUAAAAAUCAGAA